UGGACGGGAAACGGCAUGCUGCCUCUUCUUUUAUCCAUGUUCCUCAACGUGUCUCCUUUGUUCAAAGUCAUGACUCCAAACCUGUCUGUGUAAAACGCUACAGGCUUUUCAAGGGCCGCAAGCUUCAAUCCAACAAACGAGAAAACCUUUUUCAACAAGUUGGCCAUUGUCCUUUCCAGGCAUGGGUUUGAAGGAAAAGAUGUAUGGAAUGUGGAUGAGAUGGGCAUCACAACAGUACAGAAUCUUGGAAGGAUUGUUGCCAUUAAGGGGGAGAGAAGAGUCAGGAGCAUGACAUCAGCAGAGAGGGGGACACUCGUUACCAUGGCAUUAGCUGGCAAUGCCCUUAGUAACAUUAUCCCUCCCCACUUUGUCUUCCCCCGGAUAAAGUACCUGCCUCAUUUUAUCAGAGAUAGUUCAGUGGGAUCAACUGGCACAGCCAACGGGAGUGGCUGGAUGCAGGAGCUGGACUUUGUUGACUUCCUCCAGCAUUCUGUCCACCAUACCCGGGCAACAGAAGACAUUAAAGUCCUGCUCAUCUUGGACAACCACUCCUCCCUUGUGUCCAUCGAAGCAAUCAAUUUCUGUUGGCAAAAUGGGGUAGUUCUUUUGUCUUUUCAACCCCAUUUUACACACCACCUCCAACCACUAGACAGAACAGUUCAUGGGCUGCUGAAAAAGCAUUUGAAGAGUGAGAUGGACAAGUGGCACAGGAAGCAUCCAGGGACAACCAUAACUAUCUACGACCUGCCAGAGAUGGUGAACAACAUCUUGCUACUGGCAGCGUUGCCUCAAAAUGUGCAGCAGGGAUUCCGUUGCACAGGGCCAUUUAACAGAGAAACCUUCAGUGAAAACAACUUUCUCCCAGCUUCAGUGACUGACAGACCCUCUCCUGGUCCUGCAUCUGAUGCUCCUGCUGCAUCUCCCAUCAGGCCAUCCACUGCUGCAUCUACAGUGCAUCAUGUCUCCUCCAUGGCCCUUCCUGUGCCCCAAAAAAAACAACAACUCUUGACUCAGAGGGCUUAGAGGUAGUAACCCUAACUUUGGUCCCUCUGUCACUGCAAGAAGAGGAAGUCAUCACUGAGAUUAGAUAAAUACAUUGUUUCGACUUUUAGAAGUGUUUGUAAAUGUUUGUAAAUAAGUGUGUGAUUUGUUGUUCAGCAAGAACAGGUUCCAGAAUUUUCUCCUGUGGCCAUACCCAAAAGCUGGUCCCCGGAGGGCUGAUGGCUGGCAAUGGAGGACAAGGAUCAGUGAAAUUCUCACUGACACUCCUGUGUAGGAAGUGCUUGAAGAGGAAAAAAAAAAAGGCAGCACAAAAAGUGAAACAGAAUGUCCUUCCAGAACAAAAGAAGGGAGGGAAAAAAAGUACAGAAGACACUCAAUGUCUUGUCUGUAAUGAAUGGUACUCGAGGUCCAGGCCAGGAGAGAAAUGGGUUUCGUGCUCUAAAUAUGGCAUGUGGUCACAUGUGGAAUGCACUGAUGAAGGCCACAACUACAUCUGCCACCACUGUUAGUAACUGAUGUGACUGAGUAAGUGAAUGUGUGAAGUUACUGAAUUAAUGAGUGAAUGUUAUUUUUGUUUUUGUGGUUUUACAGAUGAAUUGGUUUUUAGUCGUUCAAUAUUUUUGUGAUUAACUUUUAUAAAUUGUUGUUCAGUGUUUUAGAGAUUAUUACAUUUUAAUUCUCAGUCCUAAUUGUUCAGUGUUUUUCUGAUGAACUGUGGGUUAUUUAACUCUUGUUCUGAUAUUGAAUAGCAAAUUAUCAGUUGUAACAGUUGUUUACAUUGCCUUGAAUAAAAUAUUUUUGUAGAAUGGUAUAUUUUUUAAGGCAUUUUUACAUUUAAAAUGAGUUGGUUAUGCUAAUUUAGAGCAUUACGGGUGAGUGUUUCAACUGUACCCAACAUGGGUACAACUGAAACAAAAGCGCUCCUUGUCUUCAAACACAAAUUGCAGAAAAUAUGAACAAUGUAUGCAGGUUUCUGGCAUUUAUUUAUUUUUUAGCAGUAGACAGAUAAAGGUAUAUCAUGUUAAAAAAUGGCAUGUCUAUUCUGCUCUGUAUUUGUUCAGUACAGCAAAAAUCAAGAAGUGUUCCAACUGUGCUUGGUCUGCCCUACUCUAGUGUGUAUUGAAUGUUCUUUGCACACAGUAAUGCACAUUUUCACAUUCACACACUUUAUUGUGUAUGUCUUUAAGUUGUAACUACAACAAUUUCCACUGCCCCUUCGUGUGAUAAUACAAAUUCUAUACUAUUCUACGGCUGUAUUCUAUUGCACAACAGUUUCUUUAUGUCUAACCAGUUGUUAAAUUAAUUGAUGUUUUUUUGUCUUUAGAAUAAAGUUUAACAUUUUUGGCAAGCAGGCGCCACAUAUUGUAACUUUUGUACCCACACUGAGCUGAUUUCAGGAGGUUUGUUUAUUGCAAUGACUUGCCAAGGUUAUAAAAUCUUUCAAUCCUGCUGUAGCCAAAAUUCAGCCAUUAUGCCAAGGUCUGUAAUAUAACUGGUAAAUCGUGAAGAAACUCUUUACAGAACAAUAAGUCAUGUAGGUAUAACCAUGCUCUUGGCAUCCUGAGCAUGGCCAGAAGAUAAUUUAAUAUACUAUAUUGCAGUCAAGAUAUGCUUUUUAUCAUUUAUCAGAACCGUGUAUUCAAAUAACAGAAACUUCAGCAGAGGCAAAAGGCAUCUUAUUUAAACAACCACUAGGUAGAGAGCAUUUAGUUUGAUCCAACUUUGUAGA